AUGCCGCACCUGUCACCGAUCUCCGAGGUCCUGAUGGGUCUGCGCUGCCCCUUGCACAACCUGCCUUCUGGAGUCACUGGGUCCCGAGCAGCUGGACUCCUGGGUUCUGGUCCUGACGUGGCCGCCCCAUCACUGUGCUGGAACGUGCGGGGUGCUGCACCCUGGCGCUGGGAUUACUGCGGAAGCCCUGACACCGAGAAUGCUGUUGGACACGAGCUUGGCGCUCGUCCUGAUGGGAAGCUCCGAGGCUUCCUUGUGGAGGGGAGCCCCUGCCCGGCCCCAGGGGGCACCCGUCCCUCUGUCUUCCCGGCUGCUGACCAAGCUGCCAAGUUCCCGGGCCAGCAGUUGUGCCCCCGACUGGCUUCUGUCCCCGGGGAUCCUCGGGGCGUCAGGACAGGGACGAUUCGGCUUGUUUCCCUCUGGCCGGAGAAGGCGGCUGGUUGUGUCGCGCAUCACCGGCCGGCUAAGCCUGUCCCCGCUGGAAGGAAGGCCGUCUCGGCGACCCGGCCGCUCCGGGACGGUGACGUUGUCCGUUGGCGGUUGCUGUCUCUGCUCCGGGAUGUCUUGUGUCGCCUGCUGAUCCAGAUCCCCUCCGUGCACUUGUGCGGCCGCCCCCUUUCGGGGCUGCAGGGCAGGGAGGUGGAGGAUUGUACCUCAGUUUACCAUGCACAGAAGAGGACAUUCCCGAGGGUCACUGAGCUGUGGGCAGCAGGAGCAGGUGACCACGCCAGGCCUGGGUGCCGGCUCCUGGUGCAGCCCCUCCAGCCAAAGCCCGCUCUGCAGGGACAUUUCCAAGGAGCCGGGGACGCAGCCCUGCGACGAUGGCCAGUGCCCCGGGAUGUGGCAGGUCCAGGCUUGGAGGCAGGCUGCCCCUCACCUGAGCUUACAGGUGAGCAUCGAGAGGAGGGUAAGGGUGUGUGCGUGUGUGUGUGUGUGCGCGCGUGGAUCCCCGGGGAAGGGGCCCCUUCUUCUGGGGCUCGAACCCCGAGCAGGUGCGGUGCAGGGGCUGCUGAGAGAGAAAGUCUGGGGAAACUGGAGCCUAGACGCAGCUGGAAAUGGGGGUGCUGUGGCUGGAAGGAGCCCCUUGUCCCGGAGCGCUCCUCAGAGGACACAGAAGUAUAGGAGAGGGUGCCCAC